GCAACUUUACAUUUACCAUUUCUUGUAUUGCACUGUUAAUUAUUAUUCGAUUUGCCAAUUACGUCGGGGUAAAACUAGAAAGAUUGGAAAUUUUUGAACAUGAAAUCACCCAAAGAAGAGAAUGUGUUCAACCGCUUAAAUGUUUCAAUGUUUUGAUUUUGUUGGCUCGUAAAUAAAGACAUCGAGUUUCCCAGUUCAAACGUGGUUGGCGCCGGUAGUAAGAUGAUCUUCGAUCGCAGUAUCAGACAGUUAGUCAACAUGAGGUGUCAUCUCUCAUUCGUGAGCGCAGCGCUGUUGAACGUUGCAUUUUUCGUGUGUAUUCCUAUAAUUCGUGGCCAAUGCAAUGACGGCAGAUGCGUGGAUAUAGCAAAUUGCAAAAGCAAUUUCGGGCAUGUCAAUUUAAUUGACUUAAGAGUUGGCGUUCCUGAGGAUCAAGGAGGUGUCGAAGGAGAGUGUGACCAUUAUUUACAAGUGUGUUGCGAUGAGUCUGAAAUCAUCGAUGGCAAUCCAGCCACAACUCCAGAGCCAGAUCGCACCGGUGGUGGUGGUGGCGGUGAUGAUUCUGCUAAACCCAAACCUAUCGGACAAACUUCAGAAUUUACACCAUGUGGGUACCGAAAUCCAGACGGUGUAGGAUUUAGAACCGUCAAUGGCAGACAUAACGAAACAGAAUUUGGAGAAUUUCCUUGGAUGGUGGCCAUUUUGGAAUCGAUACUGCUACUGGGAGAGCAAUCUCAAACGUUCAUCUGUGGCGGAUCGUUGAUUGCUCCUAAUGUUGUACUCACUGCUGCUCAUUGUGUACACACGAAAAGUACGGAAUCCCUUGUUGCUCGUGCCGGUGAAUGGGAUACGCGGACCGAUAGUGAGACCUUGCCAUAUCAAGAACGGAAAAUACGACAAAUUAUUAUUCAACCGCAUUACAAUUCCGCAGUUCAGUUUAAUGACAUAGCUUUACUAGUACUGGAACAGCCAAUGAAUGGAGAUGAGAACGUCCAGCUUAUUUGCUUGCCACCUCAAGGCGAAACAUUCUCCGACGAAACCUGCUUUUCAACCGGAUGGGGAAAAUCGAACUUCCUAUCCGAUAGCUAUCAAGUGAUAUUGAAGAAAGUAGAGCUACCAAUGGUAUCCCAUUCCGAGUGCCAGAACGCAUUGAGAGGUACAAGACUUGGAAAGAACUACCGGCUGCAUAAUUCGUUUACCUGUGCCGGAGGCGAAGAUGGGAUUGACACCUGCACCGGCGAUGGUGGAUCGCCGCUGAUGUGCCCUUUCCCCGGAUCAGAGAGCCGUUAUUACCAGGCUGGUAUUGUUGCUUGGGGUAUUGGAUGUGGAACAGCAGGAGUACCGGGUGUUUACGUGAAGAACAGUAUGUUUACCGAAUGGAUUAAUCAAGAACUGCAAAAACUUGGAGUAAAUAAUGCACUUCCAAGUGACUUCUGAAUAAGCUCGAAAUUAUCGCGAAACCGUUGGUUUGGAAUACAAAAGUGGUGGAAGAAAAAAAUGUGAAUUUGUUUGUUGU